AUGACAUUGACAUCUCUCCCCAACGAACUCAUCGAACACAUUGCUUCGUAUCUGGACCUCUCCAGCACCCGUUCAUUCCGCCUUACCACAUCCUCCCUAACAAAAGCAUCAUCGCACCUCUUCAAAGACCGCUUCUUCCAGCAACGCACUCUAACCUGGACGAAACAAAGUCUGGACACCUUUGUACAAAUAUCGCUACACGCACAAUAUGGCAAUGCCCUCCGCCACCUCAUCAUCGACGCAACCCCCCGACACUCGAUGCUCCUCUGGUCCCUCUCCAAACAAAUAACCGACAUAACCACCUUCCCCAGCUCCUCCUCUUCUUCCUCUAAAACCGCCGCAUCCCCCGAACAAUGCAGACUCCAAGACGCGUGGGCGCAAGCCGCAGAAAAAGCCGCGCAAAACACUUCCUUCUUCAACGAAACGCGGUACGACCAAAAGACGCUCAAACAAGCCUUCGCAAACAUGUCCCAGGGAAACUUGACUACUAUUACUUUUCUCUACACAGGUCUCCCAGCCUCGCUCGUAAAAGGCGGAAGAACAUACUGCGCACUAAGCCAAUGCGAGACCUCGCGCCCUUUCGUCUCCACCCUCGCCGCCCUCGCCGCAUCCCCUCACAUCCAACUCUCCACCAUCGCACUACACAAGCCAUUCCACCACGGCGCCGUAAGCAUCGGGCGCCUGGAAAGUCUCGCUCCACUGCUCUCCUGCUUCGACAAGACAUUCACCUCGCUAACCCAUCUCGCGCUCAACCUGCGCGACUGGCGCGAACAAGAAUCUGGCUUUCAACUCGCACCACCACCACCGCCCUCCCCAUCUUCUUCUUCUUCUUCUUCUUCUUCUGCUACGACUCCCCGUGCACCUUUCAUCGUCCGCUUCCUUUCUAAAAUGCACAACCUAACGUCCCUGGAACUAAGCUGCUACAUUGGUCGUAUGUAA